AUGGCGCCCUCAAGGACAAUAGACGAACGGCUCGACCUACAUUCAAGCUCCUCCGCCAGUGACCUCAGCAGCGAUAACGAAUUUCGGAAUCCCCCUCCAAAGCGCAGACGCACUUCGCAAGAGACUGACGAACCUCCACCCACUGCUACCCACCCCACGUCGGUAUCCAGAGUGAAAAAGCCUGUCUGUCCGGAGGAAAAUGGAUCGAUAUCGGCGACGCGAACUUCAGUCUCUACAACUUCUUUUACCUUCCAUUCACUUUCCGUGGCGCCAUGGCUGAUACAGUCCCUCGCCGCCAUGGCCAUAUCAAAUCCGACCGAGAUCCAACGGACCUGCAUACCUGAAAUUUUGAAGGGAAGAGAUUGCAUUGGAGGCUCUAGGACGGGUACUGGAAAAACAGUGGCCUUUGCCGUUCCUAUUUUGCAAAAGUGGGCAGAGGACCCGUUUGGCAUCUACGCUGUCGUCCUCACACCAACCCGGGAGUUAGCUCUACAAAUCUACGAACAAUUUCAAGCGCUGGGAGCACCGCAGAAUCUCAAAACAGUUCUAAUAACAGGAGGAUGUGAUAUGAGACCACAAGCGGUUGCUCUAGCUAAACGGCCACAUAUCGUCGUUGCAACACCCGGGAGACUGGCAGACCACAUUCUUAGCUCGGGCAAAGAAACCACCAUCGGAUUGUCUCGCGCGAAAGUAAUGGUCCUCGACGAAGCAGACCGCUUGCUAGCCUCCGGACCAGGGUCGAUGCUUCCAGACCUCAGCACUUGUUUAUCUGCUCUUCCUCCACCUUCAUCUCGGUUAACUUUGCUUUUCACCGCAACCAUAACGUCAGAAGUUCGAGCGUUGAAGGAACUUCCACGCUCGCAGAGCCGACCCCCUAUCUUCAUAUCCGAGAUCACAGACUUCUCUGAUUCUGCUCUCUCUUCAAGCCUUGUUCCGGCGAUGCUCACACAAACAUACCUACAGAUUCCGAUGACUCACAAAGAUGCCUUCCUUCACGUCCUCCUUUCUGUUCCUUCGUUCACGAAAGCGCCUGAGCCCAGCAUCAUGGUCUUCGUGAAUCGCACCAACACCGCCGACGUCCUCCAACGUACCCUCCUCCAGCUCUCCCAUCCCGUAACAGCACUGCACUCAGAGCUCCCUCAAAAUCAACGAAACAAGAACCUCUCCGACUUUCGCUCUCAGAAGGCGCGGAUUCUUAUAAGCACAGAUGUGGCAUCAAGAGGCCUUGAUAUUCCCGAGGUCAACUUUGUGAUCAACUUUGAUGUCCCUCGAAAUCCGAUAGAUUACGUUCACCGUGUGGGUCGAACAGCUAGAGCGGGCAGGAAAGGUACGAGUGUCACAUUUAUUGGGCAGCGGGAUGUCACCCUCGUCCUGGCUAUUGAGGAGUAUGUAGGGAGCAAGAUGGCAGAAUGGAGCGAAGAGGGGGUCAAUAUCGAGACACGUGUGGUGAAAGACCGGACGUUAAAAGAUGUAGCCGAAGCGAGGAUGCAAGCUCUUCGAGACCUCGAGAGUGGGAAGGACGUCAAAGGGUGGCGAAGAAAGAUCAAGAAGGACAGGAAACGAUCAUUUGCCGAAUGA